UUUAAACCUGGACAGCCAGUGUGGACGCUUGUGUUCACACUGAGACUUUUGGGAAUGUGGAGGAAAAAGCGUGGCACGAAACAAGGCCAAAAUGAGUUGGAGGAAAGAGGACACUGGGGCAGCAAGGUGGAGUUCCUCCUGGCUGUUGCCGGGAACAUAGUCGGCUUGGGCAACGUGUGGAGAUUUCCUUACCUGUGCUACAAAAAUGGUGGCGGUGCAUUCCUGGUGCCGUAUCUGGUGUUUGUGGUGACGUGCGGCGUACCGCUCUUUCUUUUGGAGACCGCCGUAGGCCAGUACUCCCAGGAGGGAGGGAUCACCUGCUGGAGAAAGCUGUGUCCACUGGCUGAAGGUAUUGGCUAUGGAGGGCAGCUGAUCAGGCUCUACAGCUGCAUGACUUACAUCAUUAUUCUGUCCUGGGCUCUCUUCUACCUGCUGUUCUCCUUUAGCGCUCAGCUGCCCUGGAACACUUGUGACAACUACUGGAACACAGUGGAUUGUGUAGACUUUACAACAAGAAAUCACACACUGGAGGGCAGCAACCACACCAAUGGAACUUCAGCAGCAACAGAAUUCUGGGAACGUAGGGUGUUGAACAUCUCAGAGGGCAUUGAGGAGAUCGGCAGCAUUAGGUGGGAGGUGCUGCUGUGCCUCAUCGCCAUGUGGAUCAUAUGUUACUUCUGCAUCUGGAAAGGGGUUAAAUCUACCGGAAAGGUGGUGUAUUUCACCGCCACCUUCCCCUACGUCAUGCUGCUCAUCCUUUUGAUCCGUGGACUCACUCUUCCUGGGGCCAGACAAGGAGUGGUGUUCUACCUUCUUCCUGAACUGUCCCGACUUACAGACCCUCAGGUGUGGAUGGAAGCUGGCGCCCAGAUCUUCUUCUCAUACAGCCUUGGUGUGGGCACGCUCACUGUACUGGGCAGCUAUAACCCUUACAGCAACAACUGCUACAAAGACUGUUUGUGGCUGUGCUUACUGAACAGUUGUACCAGUGUGGUGGCUGGUUUCGCGGUCUUCUCUGUGCUGGGGUUCAUGGCUCAUGAGCAGGGAGUUCCAAUUGCAGAAGUAGCAGAGUCUGGUCCAGGCUUGGCAUUCAUCGCUUAUCCUCAGGCGGUGGCCAUGAUGCCGUUGCCUCAACUGUGGUCCAUCUGCUUCUUCUUCAUGAUCAUUCUCCUGGGCUUGGACACGCAAUUUGUUGCCAUGGAGGUGGCGAUCACGUCCGUGGUGGACAUGUUUCCCGCAGUGAUGCGCCAGGCGGGCAGGCGGGAACUUUUCCUUCUCCUCUUUUGCCUCACAUGUUUCUUCUCCCAGCUCAUCAUGAUCACAGAUGGAGGAAUGUACAUCUUUCAGGUGCUUGACUAUUACGCCUGCAAUGGAGCCUGCAUCCUCUUUCUUUGUGUGUUUGAAACCUUAGCGGUGGGCUGGAUAUUUGGAGCAGAGCGGCUGUAUGCCGUCAUCGUGGACAUGACGGGUGAACGUGCUAAUCCUUUCUUCAAAGUCUGCUGGCUCUACCUCACGCCCAUUGUGUCACUGGGAUCUUUCAUUUGUUCACUUGUCGAGUAUCAGCCCUUGACCUUUAAUCGCUGGUACGUGUACCCUACCUGGGCCCACGUAAUGGGCUGGAUCCUGGCCCUCUCCUCCAUCCUGCUGGUGCCAGGCUGGGCACUGUACAAGCUGAGCACCGCCACUGGAACCCUUAGUCAGCGUCUCCAUAAACUGUGCUGGCCCGAGCAGCCUGACCACUCAUUGACCAGAAAGGAAGAGACGGCACUGCAACCCAUCACUGGGGAGGAUCUGGAAUGACAAAAAAAAAAACCCAAGGGAGACAAGCACAAUGUAUCCCACUAGAUACCAUCCCAUUGAAGUAAUGUAGAGGUUACCCAUACCUGAUACAGUAGAGAAGGGAUUCAUAUGACCCCACUCCUGGGUGGAUCUCAUGUGAGAGGAAGGUGGGGGCGGGGGGGUUAAUCAUCUUGCAAUGCAGUCUGCUGAAAAUGAUGGCACGCACCACUCUACAUAGCAACCGACUGUGUGGUCAAAGUUGGAAUUGCCACAAAGCACAUUUUAAGACAGGCCUGGGCAAUUAUUUUGACUUGGGGGCCUAAUUUAGAGAAAAAAAUGUGCCCGGGGGCGGGUAUAUCUGAUUUUUAGGAACACUAAUACAAAACCUCACAAUAAUGUCUGAUUGAAUGCUAAAAAUGUUAUGAUGGACCGCCUUAAAAAACGGAAUGGAAUUUCAAGCUUUUUUACUGAAUGAGACACCCUGGCCAGGAUCUUCAGCUCUCGCUGGAUCGGUUCGCAGCCGAGUGUGAAGCAACUGGGAUGAGAAUCAGCACCUCCAAGUCCGAGUCCAUGGUUCUCGCCCGGAAAAGGGUGGAGUGCCAUCUCCGGGUUGGGGAGGAGAUCUUACCCCAAGUGGAGGAGUUCAAGUGCCUCGGAGUCUUGUUCACGAGUGAGGGAAGAGUGGAUCGUGAGAUCGACAGGCGGAUCGGUGCAGCGUCUUCAGUAAUGCUGACGCUGUAUUGAUCCGUUGUGGUGAAGAAGGAGCUGAGCCGGAAGGCAAAGCUCUCAAUUUACCGGUCAAUCUACGUUCCCAUCCUCACCUAUGGUCAUGAGCUUUGGGUUAUGACCGACAGGACAAGAUCACGGGUACAAGCGGCCGAAAUGAGUUUCCUCCGCCGGGUGGCGGGGCUCUCCCUUAGAGAUAGGGUGAGAAGCUCUGCCAUCCGGGGGCCACUCAAAGUAAAGCCGCUGCUCCUCCACAUCGAGAAGAGCCAGAUGAGGUGGUUCGGGCAUCUGGUCAGGAUGCCACCCGAACGCCUCCCUAGGGAGGUGUUUAGGGCACGUCCGACCGGUAGGAGGCCGCGGGGAAGACCCAGGACACGUUGGGAAGACUACGUCUCCCGGCUGGCCUGCGAACGCCUCGGGGUCCCACAGGAAGAGCUGGACGAAGUGGCUGGGGAGAGGGAAGUCUGGGAUUCCCUGCUUAGGCUGCUGCCCCCGCAACCCGACCUCGGAUAAGCGGAAGAAGAUGGAUGGAUGGACACCCAGAAUGUACCAGGACGUGAAAAUAAAGAAUGUGGGAUUUACAAUAUUAACUAUGAACGAUGAAACACUGAAUAUUGACAACGUAUGAACGCCACAUCCCCUCUCGAUUAACAUAUUUUACAAUCAAGCGAAACGCAACAAAAAUGCAACAAACACAGCUAAAUAUAAACGCGAAAAAACGAAGAAAAAACCUCCCGCAUUUCAGGCUGGCCGCUCUGGAAACACUCUGUAGAAGCAUUCCACACCCACACUGCUUGGUACCUCGUCUGAGCUGCUGUGACUUAGAUUACCAGAGUAACUAGUAUAUCAUGCAAAACAGCAGAUUCCAACCAUUGAAAUACUUUGUAUAGUUCAAGACUUACGUAAAUUUGAAAACAUCACUGCACAUCACAAUGGCGGCUACAGUUUCCAUCCUAAAGAUCUAAAACAAUUAUUUGGGAAUGUCCGACGGGCCAGAUUGAAAAGCUUAACGGGCCGCAUGUGGCCCCCGAGCCUUAAUUUGCCCAGGUCUGUUUUAAGACAAGCCAUCUGGCGGCUAAAGUGGAUAGUGCAACCCCCCCCCCCAAUUCGUCAUGUGUCAGGUAAACUGCAAGGAAUGGGGCCUUAUGAAUCCCCUUCCUACUGUACAUGUGAAAAUGAAGAAUUAUUCAUUUUGUUGAACAUCUGAGUUUCAAUUUCAUUAUUUUGCCAUCACUGAAAUUGUAAUUCUUCAUAAAACAGCUUGAUUCUUUUGACUUCGAAUGUAUGACAAAAAAAUGUUACCUUUAUAAGCAAACAAAAUGUAAAGUAAAACUGUGGCCUGCACCCACAACACGAGUAACGGAGACAAUUUGAGUACAGUGGUAUCUCCACUUAGAGUGUUUCAAAAUAAGAGCAGUCUCUUGGCUAAUUGUUAUUGUUGCAUGCAUCCCUCCAUUAGUUGAUGUAGCAAAUGUCAGGGUGAACCCUAUAAAAUCUGACCAAAACAUUUGGUAUUACUUGCUCGCAUUUGGUUAUAGCUAGAGAUUUACAUAACUUUGUUUUUCCAACCAUAGUAAGGACGAAAAUGAGUGUGAGGGACAGUGUUGAGAAGAUAUUCAUUGAAUUAAUAAAAUAAAUCAUCCAUGGGUGGAGUGCCAUCUCCGGGUUGGGGAGGAGAUCUUGCCCCAAGUGGAGGAGUUCAAGUACCUCGGAGUCUUGUUCCCGAGUGAGGAAGAGUGGAUCGUGAGGUCGACAGGCGGAUCGGUGCUGCGUAUUCAGUAAUGUGGACGCUGUAUCGAUCCGUUGUGGUGAAGAAGGAGCUGAGCCGGACGGCAAAGCGCUCAAUUUACUGGUCGAUCUACGUUCCCAUCCUCACCUAUGGUCAUGAGCUUUGGGUUAUGACCGAAAGGACAAGAUCACGGCUACAAGCGGCCGAAAUGAGUUUCCUCCGCCGGGUGGCGGGGCUCUCCAAUAGAGAUAGGGGGAGAAGUUCUGCCAUCCAGGAGGAGCUCAAAAUAAAGCCGCUGCUCCUCCACAUCGAGAGGAGCCAGAUGAGGUGGUUCGGGCAUCUGGUCAGGAUGCCACCCGAACGCCUCCCUAGGGAGGUGUUUAGGGCACGUCUAACCGGUAGGAGGCCACGGGGAACGCCUCGGGAUCCCCCGGGAGGAGCUGGACGAAGUGGCUGGGGCGAGGAAAGUCUGGGCUUCCCUGCUUAGGCUGCUGCCCCCGCGACCCGACCUAGGCUAAGCAGAGGAAGAUGGAUGGAUGGAUAUUGCUAACUUGGUGAGGCGAUUAGAGCGUAUCACUGCUAGUCUGCACCAUACUGAAGUAGAAUGAGUCCAACGCCAGCCAUGAAUGUUAAAAUAAUAUCAACAUGGUGGACAUUCAUCCAUGAAAAAGUGGAAAAGCUGCUGAUUUUGGUGUUUGAUGGAGAAGCAGCUGGAAGGAGAUAUCACUCCCUACGUUAUGUUACCGUAUUUUCCGCACUAUAAGGCGCACCGGAUUAUAAGGCGCACCUUCAAUGACUGGCCUAUUUUAAAAAUGUGUUCAUAUAUAAGGCGCACCUCAUAAGGCGCAUAGAAUAGACGCUACAGUAGAGGCUGGGGUUACGUUAUGCAUCCCGUAGUUGCGAGACCUGUUGUGGCUCAAUAUUGGUCGAUAUAUAAGGCGCACCGGAUUAUAAGGUGCACGGUCAGCUUUUGAGAAAAUUGGAGGUUUUAAGGUGCGCCUUAUAGUGCGGAAAAUACGGUACUUCACAAAAGUGCUGUAGUUUGUGCUACAUUCUAUUGUAUUGUUUCUACACAAUAUUUCUCAUCUAAAUGUUUGUCUUUCAUUUUAAAAAGCAUGUUACAUGUUAAAAUGGUGCUGUUUUGGGCUGGCCGAGCACCAGUUAAAUUGAUUUCAAAUACA